UUGACCAGUGGCUAUAUAUUGAGCAUGAGGUCGCAGAUUCGACAGAAACGGGAAUCAAUGAAAAGUUCAAGAGCUUUCUUCUUCAUUUUUUGCUUAGCUUCUGUUUUCACUUUUGGGAUUUCAUCGAUAGCAGAUGGAUCUCGAACAGAAGAAGCUGAACAACUGAAUGAAAGCCUCCAAGAGAAUUCUGGAGAAAGAAAUGAACAGGAGCUUCCGCAAAAUGAAAAUAGUGAGAGCUGGAACAUUCGUAAGAAUGAAAUCAUCUCAUCUGAAGCCUCAGAUGUUGGGAUUUUCGACUUCAGCAACGAAUAUCGUGCAGGUUAUAGGGAUGGUCUUCAAGCAAGGAUGGGUCGAAGCUACAACAUUGAGGGCAAUAAAAUUGAUUCAAACAAAGGCCAGCGUGUUGGGAUUGGCAAAUUUGGCAACACCUACUCCAUGUCCAACAUAUCAUUUACUAUUGGUGGGCUUAUUAUUCUAGUUUUUGCUAUAAUAUAUAAGUAUAUAGUACUGCGGAAUCGGGCUGCUGGAACUUCCAAAGAUAAGAAAAUAUGAGAUCUGAAGCUGAAUGUUAUUUCUCUUAUAUUUCUGUA